CGCGCAACCAUGCCGCGCCUCAAUCCCACGUCCCAGAAAGCCAUUGAGCGUUUACGGAGCUAUACCCCCCCACCGACGAGCUAUGAUUCCGUUCCGCUGUCCAGACGCGCCGCCGUUCUGGUCUUGUUGUAUGCGGAUCGGAAAGGGGAGUUGAGGGCCGUGUUGACUAUGAGGGCGAUGACGUUGAGUUCGUAUGCGGGACAGGCUGCUUUACCUGGGGGACGAGCCGACUCGCUUGAGGAAACCCCCUUCCAGACAGCGCGGCGCGAAGCAAAUGAGGAAAUCGGUCUACCGGACCUCAACGAGCAGCUUCCGCGGCCCUUUACAGUCGAGCAUCUCUGCGAGUUUCCCGCGAACCUGGCGCGCACGGAACUGGUUGUGCGGCCGUGUGUGGCGUUGCUGCAUUCAUUUGACGAGACGACGGGCGAGAAUGCCGACCCUGAGGUGUCGCUGAUCCCUAGGCUGGAUGCGCGGGAGGUCGCGGCGGUGUUUACGGCCCCAUUUCGCCAUUUUCUACGGAUGAAGGAUGAGGAGGAUUGGGGUGGCGAUCCGGAGGAUUGGUAUAAGGGGGCUUGGACGGAGUGGCAUCAGUCGACUUGGCGGAUGCAUCAGUUCUUUGUUCCGGUUCGUCCGAAGGAGGUGGUGAAGCCGAAGACGGGCAGCGAGGAGCAGCGACAGGCAGUCAGUCAACUGGAGGAACAGGAAAAGUCUUCAAAGGUGACCCGGUACCGGGUAUUCGGGAUGACGGCACGGAUGCUGGUCGAUGUGGCGCGGGUUGCGUAUGCGGAGGAGCCCGAGUUCGAGCAUAACAGCCACUUUGGAGAUGAGGAAAUGAUAGAACAAUUGCGAAAGAUGGGCCGACUGAGUCCGAUCCGGCGGAGAGGGGACCGAUUAACCAGGGAGGAUAUGGAGACGGCUGCGAAAUUAAGUUGAGAUUACUACAUCUGUAUGUAUGUUAGGAUAGACAUGUUUGGCGUCAAUGUGGGCUGGUUCUGCUUGCACGGAGGAUAGGAAUCGUGCCAUGAUACCCACAUUCAUCACACCCGAGCCGAGCUAAGUGUCAGUAG